CCGGAAGUGCGCGGGGUGGCGACGACGGCGGCGGCGGUGGGGCUGGCGGAGUUGGAAGGACACUUUUUCUUCCCCACGUGGUCUGGAUGUGUGGUUGAUGACCUUGCCCCCAGAUGCUGAGGUGCCUGAAUCCCUGGCGCAGGCCAUUACUGAGCGGUAGUUGGAGUAGGCUGUGCCUUUUCAAGCAGUAUCUAUUUACAAUGAAGUUGCAGUCUCCAGAAUUCCAGUCACUGUUCACAGCAGGAUUGAAGAGUCUGACAGAAUUAUUUGUCAAAGAAAAUCAUGAAUUAAGAAUAGCAGGAGGAGCAGUGAGGGAUUUAUUAAAUGGAGUAAAGCCUCAAGAUGUGGAUUUUGCUACCACUGCUACCCCUGCUCAAAUGAAGGACAUGUUUCAGGCUGCAGGUAUUCGUAUGAUAAACAACAAAGGAGAAAAGCAUGGAACAAUUACUGCCAGGCUUCAUGAAGAAAAUUUUGAAAUUACUACACUGCGGAUUGAUGUUGUCACUGAUGGAAGACAUGCUGAGGUAGAAUUCACAACUGAUUGGCAGAAAGAUGCUGAACGCAGAGAUCUCACUAUAAAUUCUAUGUUUUUAGGUUUUGAUGGUACCUUAUUUGACUACUUCAAUGGUUAUGAAGAUUUAAAAAAUAAGAAAGUUAGGUUUGUUGGACAUGCUAAACAGAGAAUACAAGAAGAUUAUCUUCGAAUUUUACGAUACUUCCGGUUUUAUGGGAGAAUUGUAGACAAACCUGGUGACCACGAUCCUGAGACUUUGGAAGCAAUUGCAGAAAAUGCAAAAGGCUUGGCUGGAAUAUCAGGAGAGAGGAUUUGGGUGGAAUUGAAAAAAAUUCUUGUUGGUAACCAUGUAAAUCAUUUGAUUCACCUCCUCUAUGAUCUUGAUGUGGCUCCUUACAUAGGCUUACCUACUAGUGCAAGUUUAGAAGAAUUUAACAAAGUUAGUAAAAAUGCUGAUGGUUUUUCACCAAAGCCAAUGACUCUCUUGGCCUCAUUAUUCAAAGUACAGGAUGAUGUCACAAAAUUGGAUUUGAGGUUGAAGAUUUCAAAAGAAGAGAAGAACCUUGGUAUAUUCAUAGUUAAAAACAGGAAAGAUUUAGUUAAAGCAAUGGAUAGUUCAGAGCCACUGAAACCCUAUCAAGACUUCAUUAUAGAUUCUAGGGAAUCUGAUGCAAUGCCCCGCGUGUGUGAACUCCUGAAGUACCAGGGAGAGCAUGGUCUUCUGCAGCAGAUGCAGCAGUGGUGCAUUCCUCCAUUUCCUGUGAGUGGCCAUGACAUCAGAAAAGUGGGCAUUUCUUCAGGAAAAGAAAUUGGGGCUCUGUUGCAGCAGUUGCGAGAACAGUGGAAAAAAAGCGGCUACCAAAUGGAGAAAGACGAACUCCUAAGUUACAUAAAGAAGAGCGAAAAUUGAUGAGAGCUGGCACUAAAUAGCAGAAAAUUUGGGGUAAGGCUAGGUUUUCUUCUCUCCCUCUCAGUGAGAUUUAAGAGACUUGAAUGAAAGCCAGCUUGGAGGACCUUCUCAGAUCAACAGAGGUCUUUGUGAGUUUCUGGCAAUAAACUUAAGUCUACCUCCUCUUAAAUCUCAUUUAUAUCCUUGAACCUUCUGCUGCUUCUGGAAUAGUUCCUGCUGUGAAUAGUAUAGUUGGCUUCCCCUCUCUAGGGUUUAAUUUUUUUUUUUUCCUCCGGUGUAGCGCAUUACUGAUCUUAAAAAGUGGUAACUAUCUUUAAGAAAAAAGUGUUUGCUAUUGAAAUAACUACAUU